CGCAGCGUGGCCGAGAGUUAAAUCUCCCGGAAUCUGAGGCGCGGUGUGUGAGAUUAGAGAGAGAAGGGAUCCGUUCCUCAUCACUCGCCACCAUUAGAACCAUAGGCAAGCUGAGGAAGCGCCGGGCGGCCGGCAGUGGUAGCAGCGGAGCGGCCAUGGCAGCAAUCCGGAAGAAGCUGGUGGUGGUCGGGGACGGGGCGUGUGGGAAGACGUGCCUCCUCAUUGUCUUCAGUAAGGACGAGUUCCCCGAGGUCUACGUCCCCACCGUCUUCGAGAACUACGUGGCCGACAUCGAGGUGGACGGUAAGCAGGUAGAGCUGGCCUUAUGGGACACGGCGGGCCAGGAGGACUAUGACCGGCUCCGGCCUCUCUCCUACCCGGACACCGAUGUCAUCCUCAUGUGUUUCUCGGUGGACAGCCCGGACUCUCUGGAGAAUAUCCCGGAGAAGUGGGUGCCCGAGGUCAAACACUUCUGCCCCAACGUGCCCAUCAUCCUGGUGGCCAACAAGAAGGACCUCCGCAACGACGAGCACAUCCGCAACGAGCUGGCCCGUAUGAAGCAGGAGCCGGUCCGUACCGACGACGGACGUGCCAUGGCCAUCCGCAUCUCCGCCUACGAGUACCUCGAGUGCUCCGCCAAGACCAAGGAUGGCGUCAGGGAAGUCUUCGAGACCGCCACCAGGGCGGCGCUACAGAAGAGGCACGGCCCCAGCGGGGAGUGCAUCAGCUGCUGCAAGCUGCUAUGAUCCCCCCCUCCUGUAUGUGACUGGACUGUAUGGUGCUAAGGGGGCCCCUGCCUCCGAGGGCCCCGCCAUAGGGUUACCCAACAUCGGACAUGGUGGGGUGGUGAGGACUGUAAUCCUGAUGCACCUGAGAUUGGGGUCAUUUCAUCCACCUCAACUCCCCCUCUCCAUUCAUUUUGAUGCUUGAGACAUUGGUGGUCAUCUUGGUCCACCCACUGUGACCUAAGAGGUUGGGGGGGCUCUUCCAAGUCCCAGAGGACUGUGUUCUUCCUGAGAUUGGGCUCUCAUCCACCCUGGCCCAUCCCUAAUCUAUUCUGAUGCUCACAACAGUGGUCCCACCAUUGUGACCUAAGAACUGCAUCCAGAGGUUGGGGGUCCAUCAGUGGUCACCCCAUUGUUACCUGUGGACUGCGUUCUUCUGGAGAUUGGGCUCUCAUCCACCCCAAAUCCUGUCACCUGUGUUCAUUCUGAAGCUUGAGACGUUGGUGGUCACUUCAGUCCCACCACUGUGACCUAAGAACUGCAUCUAGAGGUUGGGGUGUCCAUCCUAGAAGGUACCUCCAGUGUCACCCAAGGAAUGCUUUCUUCUAGAGAUUGAGAGGUCACCUAAGCCCCCCCUUCUGUCACCUGAAGACUCUACUCCUGCUGAUGCUUGGAACAUUAAUUGCCACCUUGAUGCCCUCACAUGAGAUUGAGGUGUCUCAUCCUAGAGGUCCCUCAUUGAGCCACCCAAGUGCUACAUUUGGCUGAAGAUUGGGGGGGGUAUCUCGUCCUAGAGAUCACUUGAGUCUGUUGUCACCCGAAGGCCAUUCUUUUGGAGAUUUGAGUGCCCUGUCCUACAAGACCCCCGUUGUCACCUGAAGACUUCAUCCUGAUGCUUGGGACUUUGGUCACCUUGGACCCCACUUCAUUCAUAAGAUUGGGGGUUCUUGCUCUGAAGGUCAACCAAGCCCACCAUUGUGUGACCCAAGGACUGCAUUCAUUCUGAUGCAUGAGACAUUACCACCUUGGUCUCCAACAUUGAGAACUGCCUUCAUCAGAUUGGGGGUCUUCCAAGCCCUCCGCAUACUGUGACCUGAGGACUGCCAAUGCUCAGUAGAUUGGGGAGUCUCCCAUUCUUGAGGUCACAUGCCUCCCUUCAUGACUGCUGUGUACCCCACACUAGUGCUGCACCCUGCCAAGCAGUAUUCCCCCUGUACAGAUAGACUGAGCCUCUAUUGUGCCAGGGAGGGGCUUUACCCUUCUCUGGUGACCUGAAUGACACUACCUUCUUAUCCAGGGGACUCCCAAGGUCUUUGCAAAUUGGUUAUUAUUGUGGUGGCCCAUCUUGAGAUGGGAUAGCAAUGCUUUGAUACUGUUGAGUCCCUCUGUUGCUCGUGUCCCCAGUAGUGUGUUGCUGUGCAAUGUGUUGCUGGUUUAUUCACAAGCAACUGUCCUCUUCAGGGCUAACAGGGGCGAUCUCCUGAACUGUAUAUAGACCUGUAAAUAUAUAUAUAUAAAAAUAUUCUAUUGAGCAGGCUUGGCAGCUUGCAGUGUACCGACUCCUGGGGAACUACAAGUGUCGGGAUACUUGGACUUGUAGUUCACCAGUAAACGGCACACUGCUACCCGCCAAAACCUGCUUAGGAGGGAACUCGGACUCUGCGCCCUUCUGUCUUUGAAAGGAAACCUGUGCUGAGAGAAUAUAAAAGCUGUUGUUGACCUCUGGAAAUGCUAGUUGCCUGGCUGUCAAGAUCUGAACUUGUCUCUCCUAUCAGAGACUCUAAUCAACAACUGCCCAUACAUUAUACAAUUUCCUCUAGUCUAGAUUUACCUUCAUCACAAGGGCCUGCCUGAUUGCGUACACAUUGAAAGCUUUCAGGUUUGACCUCCAUAUUAUAGAAUUUUGGUCAAUGUAAAGAAAAAUUGUAUAACGUGUGGCCAGCCUUUGCGUGCGUUUCAUGUUGGUGACUCGGAAAGCCAUGACCACACGCGUUCUUGUUCCAUGGCAGCCUGUGUAUUUCUCAGUACUGGUUUCCUUUGCACAUCAGCCUGUUUUGCAGCUGUAACUUUUUUGUAGCAUUUUUUUCCUUUUUUUUUUUUUCUUCGACUUCAUGUGAAAUAUUUUUGCACUUCUCUUUUUUUAUUUUAUUUUUAUUUUUCUGACACUCAAUGCACUUACCAUCUGCAAAGACACUGACUUUAUCAACACUUAAACUGAAAAGAACCACUUUUAUUUUUUUUCACCAUUUUUGUUUUCUAGUACAUGAAUGUAGAGUCAUGGAGGAAAGUUACAAGACUUGUAGCAUUCCAAGUAUUAAAUAAAUGGGGCGUGUAGAUUAAAAGUAAUGCAAAAAAAAAAACAUAAAAUGUGGAUGAAGGUAAACUAUCAGAUGUGUUACAGAAUUAUUAUUUGAAAUUUUUUGUUAGAGGCAGAUAUUUUGUUUUCUGACAGUGGUACUAAAUUGUGUUCAACUGAAAACAAAGGCUGACAGCAGUGGAAAAAAAAGAUAAAUUUGGGUAUGUUUACAUUAAAUUUAUUAUAUGUAUAUACAGGUUUUUAUGUGAAAUAUUAAAUAUCUUCUAAAUAUA